GUUCUAAGCUAUGACAGUUUUUCAAUAAUGGCUUUUAAAUGAAAUCGAAUGUUUGCCAAAUGUUUAAAUUAAACAGACCAGUUAUGACUAGUGAUAUUGUUCUGUUUGAAAAUUAAAUCAAUAUGCCAAUUAAUAGGAAUUAAAUCAUAUCCUCUGAGAGUGUACUGUGGGUUUAACAAAGUGCAAUAAACUGAAGUGAAAAUCAGAAGGAAUAAAUGACAAAGUAUAAUGGAUUGUAAAGAAACUAUUGAGACCAGUGGGACAUGUACAGUAACUGAGCUAGGCGGUCCGUUUAAAGUUCAUUCCGCCUUCCAAGGGCUUGAAACAAACAGAAACAAAGAUAAUGCCGAGCUAGGGACAAAUGCGAAGAUACCAGGCAACCUGCUGCGGAAGUCGUUUGACGUCACUUCCGGUUCAGUAACACUACCGCCCCUCAGACGCAGUUACACGGAUAUUGGAAGUCUACGUACAAUAAACAAACGUCCCAAAUCUCCGACCCCUAAUUACACGAUGAUCAACAAACGGGAUCCAUCACGGCUUCAAACUCCCGCCGUAAAGGCCCUUGUGACGACGUCCCGCCCGAUACCGCACCUUUUCGACCGCAAAGCCUCGACUCCGGAGAGGAAGGACGGGCCUCCGAACAAGACCAAACAGAUGUGGAAAAAUGAGAUAACGAAAGUGGUACCGGCCCGACCCCCUAUCGCCAUCCACUCCGACUGGAAGGCACCACCAGCUGAUUGGGAUGAUCGAGAUCAAUACAUAUACGGCGCACAUCCAAUGUUUUACAAAAAUCUCAAAUAUCCCAUGCACAAAGACUUCACAGUCAACCCCGAGUGGCUCUCCGAGUACAUGACAGUUUCUACUUACUCACAAGCUUACCGAACAUGCGCUUUGCGGUAUGGUUGGUGCGCAUAACGUAGAACGCAAUAAGUGAUGACGUCAUAUUUCCUCCUGAUUUAAAUGCUAAUAUGUAAGGUAGAACGGUUUGUUUGUAAAAAGCGUGUACAUGCAUAUCUUCUGCGACAAAUUAUUCAUAACCAGUCCAAAGUGGAUUUCAGAAACUUCUAUACCACAAUGCUUAUAUCGCACUGUGUGUGACGCAUGCGCAUUGCGUUAUGUGUAACGCUUAGCCGCCAUUUUAGGUAGAGUAACUAAUAAUAAUGUUUUAUUGUUUUUGUUUUGUUUCUUACAUAUGCCUCGGCGGUAAAUGCUUUAUAUUCAGACCGAAAAUAUUCCGUGCGCAUGAAGCUUACUUACUCCCAGCUUAACAACAUGCGAAUUGUUAUAUGCGCACAACGGCAAAAGUGAUGACGUCAUAAAGACCGUCAACUUAAACUAAAAACUUUUCUGACGUACAUUAUUGUAACUAUAUUCUUUUUUUUUAGAUUUUAUAAUUCAAACUAUAAACUGUCACCUUGGAGUUAUGCCUCAUCUAACCUACAUUGUUAUUACUACGAUAAAUUUAUAUAUUUUUUGUUAUCAAACCCAGUAUAUUAUAAUCAGUAUUAUUAUCCUUGUUCACUGUUUUUCACCUUGUUAACUUUUUGUUUCUUGACCUUUGUUAUUAAAUC